AUGUGUUUGAUGGGAACAGAAAAUAGGCUGAUCGAUAAAAUCAUGGCUCAAGCUGGUAUUCUUGAUUCACUAACCGAUCUUGGUUCUCCUAACGAAAUUAAAGAUGAAGAGCGACUCGAACAAGUAUUAGCAGCUGAUAUAAAAAGUGAACAGUUUCUUCCAUAUGCCAAGUUAAUUGCUUGGCUAACGCAAGAAUUAAAUGGAUUUUACAACAUUGGAGAAUAUGUGCAAAAUGUGAAUUCGCCGCAAGACAUAAAUAAUUUUUUGAUGGAGUUAGGUGGUUUUUUGAAUGAUUAUGGUUGUCCAUAUACAAACCUUCAAAGUCAAAAUAAUCAGAAAUUAACAGAUCAUGAAUCACGUGUACAAUUGUUAGACUUUUUAUGUACCGAACUUCAGGCGGCUAAAAUGGUAAAACUUUUGAAGCCAGAAAUGUUGACAAGUGGUGUAUCUCAAGAAAAUACUAAAAAAAUGUCAAAUGAAAGUGAUGAAGCACGUGAUUUGAAAGCGCUGCUCAUUGCGCUUGGUUUUCCUGCGCCGCCACCGACAAUUACUGGCGGUCAGAUAUGUACGAAAGUGGAACAAAAGGUAACUGAACUUCUUAAAUCAUUGCCGCCAAAUUAUUUGGGAAAACCGUUGCUAAAAGUCAAUCUGUCGGAAAAACAAUGGAGUGAAGUCCACAAAAUACAUAGUUUAUUAUAUGAAGAUUAUAAAACAAGACGUGAAGUAUUACUCAAACGGCUUGAUGUAACAAUUCAAUCGUUUAAAUGGGCGGAUCGAUUGAAAAAUAAAAACAAUGAAAUAACAGAGGCAUUUUCAAGCAAACGUAAACAAAUGGUAAUUGAACCAAAUGUGAGAAUAGAAGAUAUAUUGGCUGCUCGAGAAGAUUUAUGUCACAUGGAGAAAACGUGUGGUACGAAAGAAUUAGCCAGCAUACGUUCUAAUUUGCACAAAAUUAUCAUACCAGAAGUACCGGAUCGUGGUGGCAGAACAACUGAACUCCAGGCACCACCUCCUGAUAUGCCUACAUUUCAACGUGGUGGUGGCCAUCAAGGACAUCGAGGUGGACAGCAACAUAAUGCUCCUAGACAACAACACAAUGAUCGUCCACAAAGUGGACGAGUACAGGGUGGUUGGGCACAUGGUGGUGGUGGUGGUGGGUAUGGUGAUAUGCAGUAUACCGGUGGCUAUCAACAACAACAGAUGUAUGCACCUGCUUAUCAACAUCAACAAGUUUAUCAAAAUCCAAACAUGAGCUAUCAGGGUCAACAACAAGUGAUUAAUGAAUAUGCUGGUGGUAUGAAUCAAGGAGGUUAUCAAGAUAAUUCUGGAUAUGGUGGUGGACGUGGACGUGGUUCAGGACGCGGAAGAGGACGAGGAAGAGGACGUGGUGGCGGAUAUUAA